AUGAUCACAUACGCGUACUGCCUCUCCACGGAGCCGGUGGGCAGUUGCUGGCACAAGCCUUGCUAUGAGGACCCCCCUGGUGAGAAGCAAACCCCCUGCUCCUUCAAGCCCAGCAGCAUCAUGGGGAAUAGCCUCAAGGCCCGAGCCAUCCCCAGCCCCAGGCCCGAGGGCUGCCUGCGCAAGCGCCUGCUCUCUGUGUCAAAGGUGCACCAGAAACAGGACUCACUCUGGACUCCCAAACCACUGCUAGGACCGGUCGCCGGAGGGCCGGCAGGAAAAACUCAAACGCACCAGGAUGGCAAAGCUGUGUCCAACCUGGAUGAGGAGAGCAAGUGGACAGUUCACUACACAGCUCCAUGGCACCAGCAGGAGAACGUCUUCCUACCAGGCAGCAGGCCACCCUGCGUAGAGGACCUCCACCGCCAGGCCAAAGUCAACCUCAAAACUGCCCUGCGAGAAUGUGACAAGUUGAGAAAGGAUGGUUUCAGAAGCUCCCAGUACUACUCACAGGGACCCACCUUCUCAGACCCCUUACAGUCCACCAGUAGUCUGCAAGAUGAUGAGGAUGAUGAACAUGACAAGAAGUCGACUGCUUCAUCAGGGGAGGACGACAAAUCUCAGCUCUCCAUGAGAUCCCACACUCCCCAGGGAUCGGGUGAUGUUGGGGAGAUGGCAGAAGUCGAUGGAGUUGUGGUUUGGAACAAGGCUGGACCCCUCCCCACCCCGGAGGAGAAGAUGAGACGGGCAGCUCAGGCCGUGCCAACAGAUAUCGUUGCCAUCAACGUCACAGGGGCAGUGUUUGACCGCCAGGCAAGCAUCCGGCGCUCCCUCAUUAACACUGACACCGUGUCCCGCCGGCCCAAGAAGGUCAAACGCAGAAAGACAAUAUCAGGGCUGCCUGACAACGUCAACCUGGAGCUAGCAAAAGGAAGAGGUGGAGAGCUUCGGCCACAUUCCAUGUUCAUCCCGGGACAGUACUCCACUUUGGGCCGAGUUGGGAGUGUCAACUCAACCCUUCGACGUUCAGACACCAGAGACUCCUGCAGCCAGACAGAGGAAGUGAAGAUUGUACCUCCGUCCAUGAGGAGAAUUCGAGCACAGAGAGGACAGGGGAUCGCUGCUCAGAUGGCUGGCAUAUCUGCUUCCUCCUCAACAGGAAGUAUCUCCAUCUCCAGCAGUGACAGCUCUGGCAUCUUGAUCCUGCCUCAUCAGUUUAACGGAGACCCUUCGCGCUUUCUCAGUCUGCCCCGACCGGGGGCCAGGGUGUCCCUCAGUGCGGAUCCCAUCUACAGCAGCACGCCCAUCAAGUCAGACGAGCAGUCUCAAAGGCAGAUCGGAAAGCUUCAGGUGGACGAUACGGCGGUACACAUGAGAAAUGCCCCAAGGACGAGCACCUUGCCCAGGCCCAAGUCUCAGGAGGUGAGGGGGACACAGUCCAGUGAGUGGGGUGGUGGUCCAGCCUGUGUGGUCUCCCCCCAUGCUGCUUAUUCCACCUCUAUGAUCCCCAAUGCCACCAUGUCUAGCUCCACUGAGGUCAUUAGUCUCAACAAGUUGGGCCAAGUACCCCCGUCGCCGGUCUCUGCUUAUGCCACAGCGCGACCACUCUGCAACUCUUCCUCCACCAUCACUGACCCCCUGACUCCCAGUCUAACAGCCUUUACCCACAGCUCCACCUGUCCUGCUUUGGCCAAGUCUGCUCCUACACUGCAGGAGGCUGGUCUGAUGGUCACAGGGCCUGCUAGCGAAUCGGGUCACUCAGACGGCAGCGUCCACAGCCAUAGCACUCUGGCUCCCACACCACCGUCCUGUCUACCGGAGGAGCAGUGGAUAUACGACACACCAGAAAAUGUGAUGGUUCAGCAUCGCACUCUCACCUCAAGCUCCUCCACUCCCAUCAACCAGCUCUACAGCAGCCUGGACCUCUCCUCCAGAACCACAACGGACUCAAGCUCCCUCUACUCCCAGGACAACGAUGGAUACUACACCUCUAUGCACCUGGACUCGGGGCUGCGCUCUCGCAGCCAUGGCAGCGGCCACGGGGCAGCCGCUGGACGGGCCACGAGGCACAGCAUGUACGAGUGCCGCGAAAUGGCCGGCCAGGAAGACUCUGGGAGCCUGUACAGCGACCGCUCCCUGUCCCGCAGCAUCUCCCUUCGGAAGUCCAAGAAGCCUCCGGCGCCCCCGGCUCGCACAGAUUCCCUUAGACGCAAGCCUGGGGGCAAAAAGCCGCUGGGGGGCGUCAACGCCUUCGGCGGUGCCAAGGAGCCGAACGCCGCCAUGCUCAAUGAGACCCUGAUUGCCAGCCUGCAGCAGAGCCUUCAUAACGGGCUGAGGGGAGGGAAGGGAAAGGGGGCGUCGCCGUCUUCGCCGUCUCACAGCCCCAGCAGCGACUACGAGGACCCCUGGAUGCUGCGGCCUCGCAGCCAGAGCAGCAUCAGCGCGGGCAGCUCCGCAGCGUCGCUGGCAGCGAACAUGAGCUGCGGCGCCGUGUCCAACGUGUACUCGUUGUGUCAGGUGACGCCGGCGCACAGCGACACCAGCAGCCUGCGCUCCGACUACGCAGAGUCCUGGGGAUACUACAUGGACUACCCUCGUAACCAUGGAGAUCAGAGGGCGCCGACCCCCCCGGUGCAAACCGCAGACAUGUCCGCCGGCAUCCAUCCCGGAGCCUUGCAGAACGGAGGGGAGAUUCACAGCAGCAGCCAGGGCACCGGGGCACCGGGCCAGGGGCGAGAGGGCUCUGCGAAGCCCAAAGCCUCCAGCUCCUCACCGGACAGGGUGCACAGGCUCACCUCCCCGUCUAGCGGCUACUCAAGUCAGUCCAACACCCCCACAGCUGGAACUCCAGUGCCUGCCUUCAUCAGGUCCAUGUCUCCUUCAGGCAGUCGGCCCAAACCCAAAGUGCCGGAGAGGAAGUCAUCUCUCCUCUCCUCAGUCUCCGUCUCCUCCUCCUCUACGUCCCUUUCCUCCAACACUUCGGACUCACUCAAGAGCUCUGGUCCUGCCCCGCCACCACCUCCACCUCUGCCUUUCUCCUCUUCUCUCAACACCCCUAUAAGUCCACCUCCACCUUUCCCUCCCCCUUUACCACCAGCUUCCACUGCUGCGUCCUCCUCUCCUUCUCCAUCUCGGGGCUCUACUCAGAGCCCCCUCCCGUAUAGCUCCACUUCCCCAGAAUUCCCUCCUCCUCCAUCCCCCGAUAUGCUGGUCCAUCACAGUUCAUCGUUUAACGGUAGCUUCAGUCCUCCGCCUCCUCCAUCUGCCCCCUCCUCAGGGCCCCCUCCUCCACCCCCUCCACCUCCCCUGCCUGAUUUUGCCCCACCUUCCUUUGCCCUAUGUGUUAAAAAGACAGCAAAGGAUGCAGCUAAACCAGCUCUUUCCCUCAGCCCUACAAAGUCACCUAAGCCCCUGAUCACCCCCUUUGCACUGCAAAGUGUUCAGCUCCGCUCUGUCAAGCGGCCGGAGAAGGAAAUGAAUGCCAAUUUGGACCAUAUAAAAGCUCAGGAAACCGGGCUGGACCUCCUCCAGGGUCUAAAGCCUCUGACUCAAAAUUCAUCGGACACCCAAGAGCUUCCCACUGUGAACAGCCCUCUAGAGGAUGAUUUGCAUCAAUCCUCACCAUCUCCUGUGACAAAGCUUUUAGAAGAGCUGUCAUUAGACUGCAGUAUCACAGAUCAAACAGCAGAUUGCGCCACUACAAAAGCCGGGGACCAGAGUUACUAUCUUCUAAAUGGAAAAGAAAAUGAGGAAGGGCAAGCCUUAGCCAGUCCCCCGCAAAGCCGCGAAGGCUCUCCCAUCAAACAGCCCCCAGCAGUCUCCAAGAAACCCAAACUUUUGCUUGUCCCACCAUUUAACCCUCAGCCAAUCAAUGAGCAGGACCCAGCUCAGCAUGAGGAUCAAACCGAUCUGUCCCAAACUGAAGACCAAGUGGAUGCACUGCUCAGACUAAUGGACGAGGACAUUAAAGAGCAACAGGAGGAGAGUUCAGAGCUGUUUACAGAGAUCAGCGAGACAUCAGCUGAAAUCCAGCGCGAGUCCAUAAUUUCUACUUCUGCAGGCCACCAAUCAGGUCAUGACCAAGAACCUUACGUUAAUGGCGAGGCUCACGAACAGGAAGAAGUGGAGGGAGAUGGAACAAGUAGCACCUCUGAGUCCUUCAGCUCCAGGGAGGACGACAUGGGUGAGGUUUUUGAAUCCGUAACGGCCGAAUUGUCUCCAGCCCCGUCUGCUGGCAGGGCAUCCGAGAAGAACAUGGUAACCCCAACUCCUGCACGGACCCGAACCACUGAGGACCUUUUCGCUGCUAUUCACAGCAUGCUCCAGCUAAAAAGGGUCGAGUCGGGGCUCAACACAGCUGUGCGUGUGACCGUGCUGACUGGCGGUACCUUGGGCCUGGCAGCCAUACUACUGCCUCGGUCGAAGCGGAAGGUCUUGGGUCGUAAAGAGUCAGAAGAAGACAAGUCCAAGGUUGAGAGCCAUCCGCAGUCUCCCCCUUCGACCCCCACCGGGACGUCUCCCGGGACCGGCUCCCCGCUGCCCCGGCAGCCGGGCUCCAUCCAGCGAAACCUCCGCAAGUCCUCCACCAGCAGCGACACCUUCAAGGCCCUCCUCCUCAAAAAGGGAAGCCGCUCCGAAACCAGUUUCAGGAUGUCCGCCACCGAGAUGCUUCGCUCCACCGACCCGCGCUUUCAGCGCACGCGCUCCGACUCGGCGCCGGACCCCCCCGCGGCGUCCCCCGGCUCCCCGACGGCCCCGCGCAGCCCCUCCACCCCCCCCGGCCGCUUCAGGAGGGACGCGGACGAGUGGGGCCGCUUCGACGCCCCGCCCCUGUCCUCCCCGACCUCGUCGCCCUACUCCACGGGCGGGACGAAGUACGGGCGCUCCCGCACGCCACCCUCCGCCGCCAGCAGCAAGUACAACGCCCGCUGCCGCAUCCUCAGCAGCCCCAUGACAGUCAUCUGCGAGCGGGAGGGGGAGCAGGCUGAGAGCGAGUACGCAGACGCAGGAGAGAGUCUGCCUGGGCCAGUGGUGCAGACUCUGCAUCUGCUCAAAGACUCCAACGCCACUUUUUCUGAGGAAAGCAGAGGUUAA